AUGUCGCAAGAGGCACCUAUCACACUGGAUGAGGCGCUCCAGUGGCUCGAGCACCAGCGAAAAACGCUAGCUCGCGAGCCGUUCCACGUGGUUCGCUACGGUGAAUGGCUUCUUGAGCACAAGCAGCUUGGCGCGCUCGGACAGGAUGUGUGGGCCUUUCUUGAGCAGCUGGGACUUGCUGCUGCAGAACUCGGCAAGAUCGAUCUUGCUGAGCUUUGCCUAUCACGCCUGAUUGUUCGCUUUAGUGACUCUGCCCGCGUCCUCGUGCUCAAAGGCGUCAUCCUGGAGGCGGAAGGGCGCUUCGACGAGGCGAAGCGAGUGUAUGAGCUACUCCUCCGCAAGGAGUCCUCGAAUGUGCUCGUCAACAAGCGCCGCCUCGCAUGUAUCAAAGCAGCUCCGAAUGGCAUCCCGCUUGCCACAGAGGGCUUGGCAGAGCUUGUGGAUAUCUUCCCGACAGACCAGGAGUCGUGGCUGGAGUUGGCAUCCCUGUAUCUGCACCAGAACAAGUACGAGCAAGCCGUGUUCGCGCUAGAAGAGCUGGUCUUGCUGGCGCCACAGAACAGCUUCUACCUGCUCAAGUACGCCGAGACGCUCUACACGGCAGGCGAUAUUGUCAAUGCUUACAAGAUCUACCUUCGGAUUCUCGAACUAGGUGAGGGAAAUCUGGCACCCAAUUCGGGGCACAAGAUGGACCGUGUGAAGGGACCAUGGGUCCGAACGCUCUGGGGCCUAAAAAUGUGCGCAUCCCAGCUCUUGAGCAAUCCAGCGCAGAAGGACUCGGGCGUCACCAGCGUGGAAAGCGUCGAUACACUAGUGACAAAGCUACUUCUCGAGUCGGUUUACGCGCCAAAUGCGGACCCAUUGACCCCAGCUAGCUGCCGUUCUGCUGUGCGUGCUGUCUUGGCGCCCUCUUCGUCUGCCUAG